GUCCCCCAAAACAGCGGGGGCAGUUGAUAGUUGCAGAAAUUGGACGCAUUGUAAGCAAAUAUCAAUUGUCGUCGUAUAGUAAAUCAACGUCGUUUUCGAGUCGUGGUAGUAGUGACGCGAAUCUGGUUGCGAUUGGUAUCGAACAUCCACAAUCUCAGCAGAAUUUGCUUAAACAAAAGCCAUCCGUCCUCGACGAAAAUAAAGUAACCUCGACGGCGGCAGCCGCCUCCGAGGUUCCCGGCGCAAUCAAGACGACCAUCAAUAUCGGCAUUGCGAUGAACCACGUUAACGACCAGGAAAAUCUUAAACAGCUCAACCUGGCACCAGUUCAGGUCAAUGAAGUCGAAGAAAUGGACACGCAGGAAGAAACACCAAAUGAUGGUGGAGGAGAUGGUAAUGAUACUAGUCCCUAUGAAGCAAGAUCGGAAGUGAUAUUUCGCUUCGUAGUAGAAAAUGUUUCGUCAAUGAAAGAUACUCAGUUGUCACCGGCAUGUUAUGUUCGUAAUUUACCGUGGAAAAUAAUGGUAAUGCCAAGGUCGAGUCAGGCACAGGAACGACCACCUCAAAGAUCACUUGGUUUUUAUCUCCAAUGUAAUGGAGAAAGUGAAUCAACAUCAUGGAGUUGUUAUGCAACUGCAGAUCUUCGGUUACUUUCUUGUAAAGAAGGGCAAGAACCAUUUAGCAGAAAGAUUCAACACCUGUUCUAUAGUAAAGAAAAUGAUUGGGGAUUUAGUCAUUUUAUGACAUGGCAGGAUCUUCUGGAUCCCGAUAAAGGUUACAUUCAAGAUGAUACCAUUACACUUGAGGUUCAUGUGAAUGCUGAUGCUCCACAUGGUGUCAGUUGGGAUAGUAAAAAACAUACCGGAUUUGUAGGUUUAAAAAAUCAAGGUGCUACGUGUUAUAUGAAUUCUCUACUUCAAACUUUGUAUUUUACCAAUCAGUUACGAAAAGCUGUUUAUAAAAUGCCAACAGAAAGUGAUGAUUCUAGUAAGAGUGUAGCUUUGGCUUUACAGAGGGUUUUUCAUGAAUUACAAUUUUCUGAUAAGCCAGUAGGUACAAAGAAGCUAACUAAAAGUUUUGGUUGGGAAACAUUGGAUUCCUUCAUGCAACACGAUGUACAAGAAUUUUUACGAGUGCUUUUAGAUAAGUUGGAAAGUAAAAUGAAAGGAACAUGCGUGGAGGGUACAGUACCAAAAUUAUUUGAAGGGAAAAUGUUGUCAUUUAUUAAAUGUAAAAAUAUUGAUUAUAAGUCAACUAGGGUUGAAACUUUCUACGACAUACAGUUAAAUAUAAAGGGCAAGAAGAAUAUUUAUGAAUCCUUUAAUGACUACGUAAGCACUGAAAGCCUGGAUGGUGAUAAUAAAUAUGAUGCAGGAGAACAUGGAUUACAGGAAGCAGAAAAAGGAGUUAUCUUUUCAUCUUUUCCACCAGUUUUGCAUCUGCAUUUAAUGCGAUUUCAGUAUGAUCCAGUUACAGAUUGUUCAGUCAAAUUUAAUGACAGGUUUGAAUUCUAUGACAAAAUAAGCCUUGACAAAUAUUUGCAAAAUAAAGAAGCAACGAGUGCAGAUUAUACACUACAUGCAGUCUUAGUUCACAGUGGAGAUAAUCAUGGUGGUCAUUACGUUGUAUUUAUCAAUCCAGCUGGUGAUGGAAAAUGGUGCAAAUUCGACGAUGAUGUCGUCUCAAGGUGUACAAAGCAGGAAGCCAUUGAUCAUAAUUAUGGUGGUCAGGAUGAGGACAUGACUAUGGCUGUGAAACACUGUACGAACGCCUAUAUGCUGGUGUACAUAAGGAACUCUGAAUUGGAAAACGUCUUACAAGAAGUUAAGGAAGAGGAUAUACCUCAAGAGCUGGUGGAGAGGUUGCAAGAGGAGAAGAGGCUGGAACAAAUAAGAAGAAAGGAAAGAACAGAAGCAUACUUGUAUAUAACCGUCAACGUCCUUCUCGAGGAUAACUUUGACGGUCACCAAGGAAAUGACUUGUAUGAUCCAGAGCAUGCUUUGUAUCGUGUAUUUCGCGUGCGUAAGCAGUGUACCUUGCACGAGUUUCUCGAAUUGCUGAGUGAUAGCUUGAAAUAUCCAAUACAGCAAAUUCGUCUGUGGCCACUGAAUGUGCGUUCAAAUCAUACCUGUAGACCAAUGCCGCUUGAUUUAGAACCUGAUACACAGAAAUCCAUUUACCAGUGCUCAGAAAAUCCAAAUGCGUGGAAUGUAUUUGUUGAACUUGUUCCUCCAGAUUCAGAUAUGACAGCAUUACCACCAUUCGAUAAAGACACCGAUGUAUUGUUAUUUUUUAAAUUGUAUGACCCGAAAAAUAAGAAGAUACAUUAUUGUGGUCAUCAUUAUAUGCCUGUCACAGCCAAAGUCCAGGAACUUAUACCUAUUUUAAACGAAAGGGCUGGAUUUCCACUGGAUACAGAAUUAGCGCUUUUUGAAGAGAUUAAACCAAAUUUGGUUGAAAAAAUAGAUAAUUUAACAGAUCCGUUAGAGAAAGUCCUCGAAGAAUUAAUGGAUGGCGACAUUAUUGUUUUUCAAAAAGAAGGAGACAAUCAGAUGUAUGAGCUUCCGACAUGUAGAGAAUACUUUAAGGACUUAUUUCACAGAGUGGAAGUAACAUUUUGUGACAAAACUAUCCCUAAUGAUCCUGGCUUUACAAUGGAACUCUCGUUAAGGAUGACAUAUGAUCAAAUGGCAAGAGCUGUGGCCCAAAGAGUUGGCACAGAUCCGUACCUCUUACAAUUUUUUAAAUGUCAAAACUAUAAAGACUCACCUGGACAUCCAUUAAAAUGUACAUAUGAAGGUUCACUGAAAGAUUUGGUUUCCUAUUGCAAACCAAAAACAAAGAAGUUAUAUUAUCAGCAGCUCAGUAUUAGAGUAAAUGAGCUUGAAAACAAAAAGCAGUUUAAAUGUAUAUGGGUUGGUCCAUCUCUUAAGGAAGAAAAGGAAAUUAUUCUUUAUCCUAACAAAAAUGGAACUGUGGCCACAUUACUUGAAGAAGCAAAGAAACAAGUAGAACUGUCGGAAAAUGGAUCUGGAAAAUUAAGGAUACUAGAAAUCAAUUGUAAUAAAUUAUCGCCUGGUCCAAGAGAAGAUGUACCCCUAGACAACUUAAAUACAACUGGCGCAAAAUUAUACAGGAUAGAAGAAAUUCCAAACGAUGAAAUAAAUUUAGCAGAAGACGAAAUGUUAAUUCCUGUUGCACACUUUCACAAGGAUGUUUUUUCGACGUUUGGUAUUCCCUUUUUCUUUAAAAUCAAACAGGGUGAACCUUUCCCAAAAAUGAAAGAGAGACUACUGAAGAAAUUAGGAGUACAAGAAAAAGAGUUUGAAAAGUUUAAGUUCGCGCUGGUGACAAUGGGAAAGCCACACUUUAUUAUGGAUUCGCCAGAAUAUAUUGUGAAGCUCUCAGACUUUCGUACACAUCCAACUCAGACUUAUCCACUUUUAUACGCAGGCACAUCGCCACACAGGCCUUGGCUUGGCUUGGAACACGUCAACAAAGCGCCAAAGCGUUCUCGUAUCAACUACCUCGAAAAGGCUAUUAAAAUUUAUAAUUAAAUUUUCAUCCUGCGAAGAGGAAAAUAAAUUAGGCAGCCACUCAUAUAAUUUAUACAAUUCUAUAAUAAGAAAGCGUCGUCUGACACAAAAUGGUUGGGAAUGAGUUUAUAUAUUCGAUUCUUCAGCCAGAUAGAGCGUGGUUUUAAUAUUAUGAUCAUGUUAUAACGAAAGGUAAAUCUACGCUUUGUAUACGAUGGAUUAAGAGAGUGUUUUGACCAUACAAUGACGCUUUUAUGAAUCAUGGAAGUUCACCCUUUCGAAUCGACAGGGAUUUUACGUAGUGGCUGGAUCGAUGGCACAACAUCGAUUCCACUAUGCACCAACAAAUGGAUUAGACGCUUCUAUCUGUGAAAUCAGUUUUUGUAUUUGUAAAUAUAUUUGUCGCUUGAUGGCAGUCGUUUAUAUAUGUAUUUUUGAAAGCAGCGUUCUUAAUGCAUUCGAUUCAGUCACAAACAAGAAUUUGUUUAAAACCGAAUUUUAUUAUGAAGGCUGAUAUGGAUUACAACUACAGAAUGAAGAAUCCUUGUUUCAGGAAAGAAAGAGGUAUUUAUGAAUGAAAGCAUCACAUAACUCCUGUAAAACAGCUCAAUUUUUUUUUAAAUCUUCAUUACUUGAUCCUGCCACGUAAAAUCUUUGUAUUGAUUUAAUAAGAUCCAAAGAGACAUUGUGUACUGUUCUACGUAACGAUGUAAUACUUGAAGCUCGUAAUCGGAAAAGAAUUGUCUACACACUCCUCCUUCAUAAUUAUAUUCAGGAUGUUUGAAACGCAGUUUGAUACUCAUCCUAUAAUUCUUACGAUUCUGCACUCUCUGAAGUAUGAUCACGAAAAAAUAAAUGUUAAUAUUUUGUUUAUUAUGUCACUUUAAUCAAAUGUGAAAAUGUAGGUAUCAAUCUUUAAUUAAAGAUAAUGUAAUCCAAGUAUUGUUUAACGUUGUUAUAUAAAAAAUUUGUAUGAAAUAUCAAUUAGACGUUUUUUAACUAACAUUUUUGAGUUGCCUUCCAAACACCCUGGAAUUUUUUGCGUUUAAAAAUAUUCUUUUACCUGUGUGCGUUCUAUGCGAAUUUCCCUAAUAUAUUUUAUUGAGACUCUAGUAAACUGUGCAAAUAGAUAACAGUAGACUAAACACAAUGAUGAGGCAGAAUUUUAAUUUAAGAAAUAAACAGAACGCUUCGAACAUAGCAAAUAUUCUAUACGUUGCACAUUGAAUGCAAGUAGUUGUAUUGAAUAUACGCAAAUCUAAACUAUUGUUUAUGAAAGAAAAUCAUCACAUGCUUAUUUUUGUUCGAUUCAUUGCUUUAUUAAUUAUGUAAUAUUUUUAAAAAAUUGCGAAUUACAUACAAAUCUGCUUCUAAAUAUUUUUCUGUCGGAUACUUUUCCUGCCGUAAUUAUGGUAAUAGUCAUUCGAUAGAUCGCGUUUAUCUUUCGUAGCUCCGAAAUACCUGAGAAUCAAAUAAAUAUUACAAGGAAAUAGAGCAAUUUAUUUAACAUUUACAAUUACUUAUGUCUGAAAUAGUACUUCGUCAUGAUUGUUAAAGAGAAAUUACGAUUUUUAAUUUUGAAGUAAAAUUUGGAUUAUAUGAAAUUAAAGAAUCUGAUUUAGUUUAUUUAACUGUUAAGAUAAUAAAUUGUUGAAUGAUAUUAAGUAUAAUUCUUGCCGUAAAAAAAGAAUUAGUAUGCUUCACUGUACCAUGCUUCUUGAGCACAUUUCAAGAUUAAUGAGUACAACUGUAACAUAAAGAGUGCAAAACAAAUCAAUGAUGAAUAAUACUGUGGUAAUAAUGAAAGAUGGGCAUCGGAGUUGCGAGAAAAUAUUGAAAUGUUCUGUAAAAAUCGAAACUUGUAUGUAUAGGUAUCUGAAUAACACGAUACCCCGGUUUAAAUAAUGUACGUGUUUCACACACUUUAAAGACCUAA